AUGGGCUUCAAUUCUGAACAAAUUUUGAUUUUUGAGACUGUUAAAUUCAACUCUGAGAUAUCUUUACCAAGGCAGGACAAAGGCUUGGGAGUACUCGUAGAAGAGCAGAUACGUUUUAAGCAGAGAAGUUUGCAGCCAGCAAUGCCUGAAACCCAAAAUAACGUGCUUAAUGCACUUGACGUCGCAAAAACACAAUUGUACCAUUUCACUGCAAUUGUCAUUGCUGGAAUGGGCUUCUUCACGGACGCAUAUGAUCUCUUCUGCAUAUCCCUUGUCACAAAGUUGUUGGGCCGCACAUACUACUACGUCGAAGGAGCAGAAAAACCAGGCAGCUUACCUCCUAACGUAUCAGCUGCGGUAAAUGGGGUAGCAUUUUGUGGAACUCUGGCCGGCCAACUCUUCUUUGGAUGGCUUGGGGAUAAAAUGGGCCGCAAAAAGGUGUACGGAAUCACGCUUAUGAUCAUGGUUCUUGCCUCAAUUGCUUCGGGGCAUUCCUUCGGGCAUGGUCCGAAAUUUGUCAUGGGAACACUAUGCUUUUGGCGGUUUUGGCUUGGUUUCGGCAUCGGAGGCGAUUAUCCGCUGUCGGCCACCAUCAUGUCAGAGUACGCAAAUAAAAAGACUCGUGGCGGUUUCAUAGCUGCUGUUUUUGCCAUGCAGGGAUUUGGGAUAUUAUCUGGUGGCAUCUUUGCCAUCAUCAUCUCUGCAAUUUUCAAUGCAAGGUUUAAGGCUCCAUCUUUUGCACUCGACCCCGCUGGCUCAACUGUUCCUCAGGCAGACUAUGUUUGGAGGAUAAUUCUCAUGGCUGGAGCAAUUCCUGCUGCAUUGACUUACUAUUGGCGGAUGAAGAUGCCUGAGACUGCCCGGUAUACGGCUUUGGUUGCCAAGAAUGGAAAACAAGCUACCGCUGACAUGUCUAAGGUUCUACAGGUCGAUUUGGAAGCACAACAAGAAAUCAACAUCCAGACAACUCAAAAAUCGGCAGGCUCAUUUGGCUUGUUCACAAAGGAGUUUCUUCGGCGCCAUGGGCUUCACUUGUUAGGUACAACCACCACAUGGUUUUUACUUGAUAUUGCAUAUUACAGUCAAAAUUUGUUCCAAAAGGACAUCUUCUCUGCAAUUGGAUGGCUUCCCUCGGCAAAGUCUAUGAAUGCCAUCGAGGAAGUCUUCAAGAUCGCCAAGGCACAAACCUUGAUUGCCUUGUGCGGUACAGUCCCAGGAUAUUGGUUCACUGUCUUUCUGAUUGACAAGAUGGGAAGGUUUGCCAUUCAGUUGAUGGGCUUCUGUAUGAUGACAAUCUUUAUGCUUGCUUUGGCCAUCCCUUACGACCACUGGGCUAAAGGAAACCAUGUUGGCUUUGUGGUACUGUACUCGUUAACCUUCUUCUUUGCAAAUUUUGGUCCCAAUGCCACUACAUUCAUUGUGCCUGCUGAGAUUUUUCCAGCCAGGUUGAGAGCAACCUGCCAUGGCAUUUCAGCUGCAUCUGGAAAAUCAGGUGCAAUUGUGGGUGCGUUUGGGUUCUUGUAUUUGGCUCAAAACCAAGAUAAGACAAAGACAGAUGCAGGAUAUCCACCUGGCAUUGGAAUGAGAAAUUCGCUGAUUGUGUUGGCUGUCAUCAAUCUUUUGGGUGCAAUGUUUACGUUUUUAGUGCCUGAACCAAAGGGCAGGUCUCUAGAAGAAAUUUCAGGUGAGGACCAACAGGCACAGCAGCCCACACAGAGUUAACUACGCAAGUGGUUCUGAUAAUAGUAGAAAAAGUACAUAGCAAUAAAUAGAAUACAAUGGGAAACCAUUGUCUUGGAGUCAUUGUGCUUCCUAGCAAAACGAUUGAUCUUUUC